CGGGCAGCUGCGAGUUAGGCGACAACAUGAAUGGUUUGGGAGACUGGGUGGCCGAGAACGCGAGCCAGGCGGGCGGCGCGGGCUGGCAACCUGAGGCGGUCCUCGUGCCCCUGCUCUUCGCUCUCAUCUUCCUCGUGGGCACCGUGGGCAACGUGCUGGUGCUGGCCGUGCUGCUGAGAGGCGGCCAGGCUGUCAGCACCACCAAUCUGUUUAUCCUCAACCUGGGCGUGGCCGACCUGUGUUUCAUCGUGUGCUGCGUGCCCUUCCAGGCCACCAUCUACACCUUGGACGGCUGGGUGUUCGGUUCGCUGCUCUGCAAGGCCGUGCACUUUCUCAUCUUCCUCACCAUGCACGCCAGCAGCUUCACGUUGGCUGCCGUCUCCCUGGACAGGUAUCUGGCCAUCCGCUAUCCGCUGCACUCCCGCGAGCUGCGCACGCCUCGAAACGCGCUGGCAGCCAUCGGGCUCAUCUGGGUGCUGGCGCUGCUCUUCUCUGGGCCCUACCUGAGCUACUACCGCCAGUCGCAGCUGGCCAACCUGACAGUGUGCCACCCAGCAUGGAGCGCGCCACGCCGUCGCGCCAUGGACCUCUGCACCUUUGUCUUCAGCUACUUGUUGCCAGUGCUGGUUCUUGGACUGACCUACACUCUCACUCUGCGCUACCUCUGGCGUGCCGUCGACCCGGUGGCUGCGGGCUCUGGUGCCCAACGCGCCAAGCGCAAGGUGACACGUAUGAUUGUCAUUGUGGCCGCGCUCUUUUGCCUCUGUUGGAUGCCCCACCACGCGCUUAUCCUCUGCGUGUGGUUCGGUCACUUUCCGCUCACGGGCGCCACUUAUGCGCUGCGCAUCUUCUCACACCUGGUCUCCUAUGCCAACUCCUGCGUCAACCCCAUCGUCUAUGCGCUGGUCUCCAAGCAUUUCCGCAAGGGCUUCCGCAAAAUCUUCGCAGGCCUGCUGGACAGCACACCACGCCAAGCCUCAGGUCGCGUGUGCAUUGCGGCACCUGGCACCCACAGUGGCAGCGUGCUGGAGCGUGAGUCCACCGAUCUGACGCAUGUGAGCGAGGUGGCUGGGCUCCCUGUCUCUGUCCGUGAUCUUGCCAGCUGUGCAGCCUUUGGCCCUUCCCAGCACCAAAAGACCCUCAACAUCCUGACAGUUAAUGAGACCUGAGAGC